AUGGGUGGUCGAAGUAUUUGGGCUAUAACCCCAGAGGAGAGGGACAAACAUGAUCAGAAGUUUGACACCCUCUCGCCAGUACAGGGCUUUGUUACAGGGGAGAAAGCACGAAACUUCUUCAUUCAAUCAGGGCUUCCCCAGUCUGUGCUAGCUGAGAUCUGGGCCCUGGCUGAUAUGAAUAAAGAUGGUAGGAUGGACCGGCUGGAGUUUUCUAUAGCCAUGAAGCUGAUCAAGAUGAAACUGCAGGGACAGAAUCUUCCUACAGCUCUGCCCAUCAUCAUGAAGCAGCCACCUGUGCCAUCUCCAACCAUGCCAGCAACACCUCUCGGAAUGGGAAUUAUGCCAAAUGUACCCAUGAUGCCCAGCGUGCCCAUUCUGACCCCUAUACCAAUGACUACCAUGAGCCUCAUGCCGGGCAUGACUCCCAUGAUGGGCACAGGGCUGUCGGUGCCAGUGAUGCCCACCAUCAGCACUCCAGCCCUGCCUAAUGGACCUAUUGCCAUUCUACAGCCGACCCCCAUCCCUCUCAUUUCCACUCUCCCGGUUUCAAGUUCCUUUUCCUCUUCUCCACUGGGCUUCUCUGCCACUCCAUCUUUGCUGGACCUGGGCUCGAGCAGCUCAAACUCCUCCCCCUCCACAUCAUUGGCCAGCAACUCUCCUAUGGGCGGCCCUUCUGAUUGGGCCGUCCCACAGGCAUCACGACUCAAAUACAGGCAGCAGUUUAACAGCCUGGACAAGCAAAUGAUUGGUUAUCUAACAGGUCCUCAAGUGAGAACUGCAAUGGCUACAACAAUGCUUACUCAGACUCAGCUAGCUGCCAUCUGGAAUCUUGCUGAUGUGAAUAAGGAUGGUAAACUGCAGGCUGAUGAGUUUAUUCUUGCUAUGCAUCUGGUAGACAUGGCUAAAAUGGGACAGCCGCUGCCUAUGGCACUUCCUUCAGAGCUGGUGCUGCCAACAAUGAGGGGGAUGCUUGGUGAUUCUGUGAAUGGAACCACUUCAUCGAUCUAUGCAGGCCUGGUUGAGGACCUCUAUGAGCCUGAGCCUCCACAGAAAUCAAGGAACAAUUUGACUUUUGAGGAUAAGUUCAAGAAAAAUAUGGAGAUGGGAAAUGCUGAGCUGGAGAAGCGCCGGCAGGCCCUGCUUGAGCAGCAGCGCAGGGAAGAGGAAAGGAGGGCACAGAAGGCCAGAGAAGAGCAGGAGAGAAGAGAGAGGGAGGCACGAGAGCUGGAGCUGAAGAGGAAGAGGGAGGAAGAGCUCAGACUGGAGCGACAGAGGGAGCUGGAGAGACAAAGAGAGGAGGAGAGACUCAAAGAGCUGGAGAGGAAGGAGGCAGCCAAGAAGGAGCUGGAGCGCCAGAGGCAGCUUGAGUGGGAGAGGAGGAGAAAGCAGGAGCUCCUAAACCAGAAGAGUGAGGAGCAGGAGGAGAUCAUCAAGCUCCGAGCCAAGAAGAGGAGUCUGGAGAUGGAGCUGGAGGCUGUGGGCAACAAGCAGAAACAAAUCUCUGACAAGCUUCGAGAUGCUGAAGGCAAAAAGAGAAUUCAUAAAAAUGAGCUUGAAAUGAUCAACCAGAAAAGAGACUCCUGCAUCACAGAAAUCAACUCUCUGCAGAAACAUUUAGAGGAUUUUAAAAGAAAGUUGGGACAGUCGACCAUAGAACAGCAAAAACUCAAUGACAGACUCCGCAGCCUGAGUUUGAACAACCUCUCUACUGCAACAGUGAAAACUUUACAGAGGAAUGUAGAAGACAAGGAUCUUACCUGUCGAAAGCUUAAAGAACAGCUUAAUGCUUUGGAGAAGGAAACUGCAGUUAAAUUAGCAGAUAUAGAUCAGUAUAAGAAAGAAAUCCAGGAUCUCCGAGAGAGCCAGAGGACGCAACAGCCUGCUUUGGAAAAACUACGCGCCGUUAAGGAAGAAAAAAUCAGAGAGCUAAAGAAACGCAAGCAGGAGGAACUGGAAAAGAAGAGGAGAGAAGAGGAAGAGCAGAAACGCAUCAAACUGGAGAAGGAGCAGCAAUGGCAGGAGAAACUGCGGUGUGAAGAGGAGGAGAAACAGAGGAUAAUACAGGAGGAAAGAGAAGCCAAACUUCGUGAGGAGGAGGAGAGGGAGAGACAAGCUCGUUUACAGGCUGCUAGAGAACAAGCGGAACGAGAGCACAAGGCCCGCGAGGAGGAGGAGAGGAGGCGCAGGGAGGAAGAGGAAGAAAGGAGAGAACAAGAAAAACGCAGACUUGAGGAGAAACGGAGGCAGGAGGAGGAGGAGGACCGCAGGCGGCGAGAUGAAGAAAAGAGGAAACUGGAGGAGGAGAGGAGAAAACUGGAGGAAGAAAGGAGAAAACUGGAGGAGGAGCGAAAGAGGCAGGAGGAGUUAAGAUUGGAGGAGGAGAGGAAGCGGAGAAAGAAAGAGGAGGAGAGACGAGAAGAGGAGAGAAGAAGGGAGCAUGAGGAGGAGGAGAGGAGGCGACUUCGUGCACAGGAGGCUGCCAUGAGAGAUGCAGAGGAGAGGAAGAGACUAGAAGAGGAGAGAAAAAGAAAAGAGGAGGACCGGAAAAAGCAGGAAGAGGGGGACAGGAGGCGUCGAGAGGAGGAGCAAAGGAAACAGGAUGAGGAGAGGAAGAAGAAACAGCAGGAGGAAGAGGCUGCAGCCAUAAGACUGAGAGACGAUGAACAGAACAAGAAGAACACUGUUAAAUCAGACAUUGUUGCUGCUCUUCUGCGCGGCCUGGAGGAGAGGAAAGGCAGCAGACAUCCUCUUGGCACGCAGCACAGGAGAUCAGCGGCACUGACAACGUUUAAGGCCCUCUACCCCUUCACUGCCAGAAACGAUGAUGAGCUCUCCUUCGAAAGCGAUGACCUGAUUGAGGUGGAUGAGAGCACAGAGCGAGAGCAGGGUUGGCUGUAUGGCAGUCGGCAGGGGAAGAUGGGCUGGUUCCCUGAGAGCUAUGUGGAGAAGCAGGCCAAAUCAGAGGCUCCGCUCGUGGCCAAACAAGCCCUAAAGCCACAGGUCUCCAUCUCUGUCAGCAAACUGAGCGACGGACCGAGUGGAUCACGGUUGAACUCCGCUUUCACCCCCACCCAUGCCACAGGCUCCGCCUCCUCCAACCAUGGUCAGGUGGUGGGGAAUGUGCAAGCUCAAGCUCUGUGCUCAUGGACUGCAAAGAAGGACAACCAUCUCAACUUCUCCAAAGAUGAUGUGAUCACAGUUCUGGAGCAGCAGGAGAACUGGUGGCUUGGAGAGCUUAAUAGGGUUCAGGGGUGGUUCCCCAAAAGCUAUGUUACAGUGCUGAGUGCCAGUGAUGCACAAGCAGAUUCCACUGAUGGAUCUGAUACAGCAGAUGGAUCCAGCUAUGAAGAAUACGUGGCUCUGUACACUUAUGAGAGCCCUGAGCCCGGAGACCUGACCUUCACCGAGGGAGACACCAUCCUGGUAUCAGAGAGAGAAGGGGAGUGGUGGAGAGGCAGCAUUGGAGACAGAUCAGGAGUCUUCCCCUCCAAUUACGUCAAGCCAAAGGAGGCUGAUGCAUCAAGUCUCUCUGGUAAACUUGGAACACCUGCAAAGAAACCAGAAGUGGCCCAGGUGACCACUGCGCACUCAGCUGCAGGUGCAGAGCAGUUGAAUCUAGCCCCAGGACAGCUCAUCCUCAUCCUCACCAAGAACCCAUCCGGCUGGUGGCUCGGGGAACUGCAGGCCAGGGGGAAGAAGCGUCAGAAGGGCUGGUUCCCUGCUUCACACGUCAAGCUUCUAGGCUCAAACAGCGGCAAAUCUACACCUGCGUCUGCGGCUGUCGGCCAAGUCAUCGCCAUAUACGACUACACCGCCGCGAAUGAGGACGAGCUGAGCUUCUCGAAGAGUCAAGUUAUCAACGUGUUGGACAAAAGCGAUCCUGACUGGUGGAAAGGAGAGCUCAAUGGGGUCACGGGCUUGAUUCCUUCCAACUAUGUGAAAAUGACCACCUCUGAUUCUGACCCCAGUCAGCAUUGGUGUGCUGACCAGAGCACUCUGGAUUCAAUGAGCCCGCAGGAGAAGAAACGGCAAGGAUACAUCCAUGAGCUCAUUGAGACAGAGGAGAAAUACAAUGAAGACCUACAGCUAGUCCUUGAGGUCUUCUACAAGCCCAUGUCUGAAUCGGGUCGUCUCACUGAGGCUGAAAUGAACAUGAUAUUUGUCAACUGGAGGGAGCUUAUCCAGUGCAACUCCAAGAUGCUCAAGGCACUGAAAGCAAGGAAAAAGACCGGGGGAGAGAACAUGCCUGUUCACAUGAUCGGAGACAUCCUGGCCUCUGAACUGUCACACAUGCAGGCCUACAUCCGCUUCUGCAGCUGCCAGCUGAACGGUGCCACGCUGCUGCAACAGAGAACCGAUCAGGAGCCAGACUUCAAAACUUUCCUCAAGAAAAUUGCUACAGACUACCGUUGUAAAGGAAUGCCUUUGUCCAGCUUUUUACUCAAACCUAUGCAAAGGAUCACUCGCUAUCCUCUCCAUAUUAAAAAUAUCCUGGAAAGUACUCCAGACAGUCACAUGGACUGUAAUCAGCUGCGAGAGGCUUUGGAGAAGGCAGAGCUGCUGUGCUCUCAGGUGAACGAAGGUGUCAGGGAGAAGGAGACCUCUGACAGGCUGGAAUGGAUCCAGUCCCAUGUGCAGUGUGAAGGCAUCACAGAGAAUCUGACCUUCAACUCUCUGACCAACUGCUUGGGUCCUCGUAUAUUGCUGCACAGCGGGAAGGUGUUUAAGACCAAGAGCAACAAGGAGUUAUACAUCUUCCUGUUCAACGACUUUAUGCUGUUCACUCAAGCUGUCAAGCAGUUCAGUUCCUCAGGAACGGACAAGCUCUUUAGCCCCAAGUCCAACAGCCAGUACAAGAUGUAUAAGACGCCUGUGUUCCUCAAUGAAGUUCUGGUGAAGCUUCCGUCAGAUCCGUCCAGCGACGAGGCCGUCUUCCACAUUUCCCACAUAGAUCGUGUGUACACACUGAAGACUGAGAACAUUAACGAGAGGACUGCAUGGGUUCAGAAGAUCAAAGCGGCAUCAGAAGCAUUCAUAGAGACAGAGAAGAAGAAACGGGAAAAGUCUUAUCAAUGUAAGUUUUAUUUAUGUAUUUAUUUAUUAUUUGGAACACUGAAUAGGAGUACUCGCCUAAUACACAACAAUCCAAAGGUUUGGGGAAAGAGUAAUCCAUACUGUGAAGUGACCAUGGGUUCUCAGUGCUACACUUCCCGAACCAUCAAUGACACUGUCAACCCCAAGUGGAGCUUCAAUUGUCAGUUUCACAUUAAAGACCUGUAUCAAGAUGUCCUCUGUAUUACGAUUUUUGAGCGGGAGCAAUUUUCACCAGAUGACUUCUUAGGUCGCACUGAGGUUCCUGUAGCCACUAUUAAGAAAGAGCUUGAAAAUAAAGGUCCGUCCACUAGGAGGCUGCUGCUUCAUGAAGUUCCCACUGGAGAGGUUUGGGUUCGGCUUGACCUGCAGCUGUUUGACCACAAAGCCCCCAAAUGAUGAGGAGAGAGGAUGUCUCUGCAAGACUGCACUUCAAGCACAGCUUCUCAUCACUAGCGUCUCAAGAUUGCCUUAAAAUGUUCUCAGCUACUAUGGAACGUACUAAUGAAUGUGUGACCAUAAGGAAGAAGAGUUAACGUUCACAACUUUGCCAAGUUUUGAUUUUUGACCAAGUGACAUGGGAACGAAAAGGGAGAAUUUGGGAUUUUUUUUUUGUUAGUUUUAUUGCCUAAAUAAUUUACCACUGGAUGUAGAGAUAUCUCAGGACCUAUAUUAUGCCUAUACCUAUACCUAUAUUCUGUCUUUAUUGCUGUACAGAAAGCUAUAUUUGUUAUAAUCGUAACUUGCCUAGACCUGAAGUUGAUGAGAACCUUUUUCUUGAAUAUUCUCAUCAGCAACACUAAACCAGGUGGUGUUGUUUUUUAAUUCAUUAUCCAUCUGCCUUACCUGCCAGUUCUUCCAUUUAACUUCACCAUUAUAUAAUUAAUUUGCACCAGCCAGUUGAUCCUCUAUAAAAUCUUAUAACAGCUUGUUAGCCUGUUACAUGGAAUGAACUUUUUUUGCAGAGCUUACUAGUUUUUAUGUAGGAAGGAAGGUACAAAUGAGGUGAUUAACCAGAGAUGAUUGGUUAAAGGUCUAAUCACUUGAUUUCGCGUGCUUGACUGAGUUUUAUUUAUGUUAAUUUAUGCGUCUUGGGCUGUCUUCACAUUUUACGCUGCCCACUAUAUCUGGAUUGCUGUAAAGCAUUCAGAAAAGGUGUUAAUAUUGUAUAUUUUUUGCUGAGUUGGAGUAGUAUGAACGUUUACUCAAGUCACUGAGUUUGUCUCUUAGGUUUUAUUUGUUUUAGUUUUAAAUAUAAA